UGUUAUGGAAUUACUCAAGAUCCAAAUAAUAAAGAGUAUUUGAUGGUUUUAUAUUAUUGUGAAUUUGGAAAUUUGAGAAAUUAUUUAAAUAAAUCUAAAAAUUAUAUCAAUUAUAAAUCAAAAAUUGAUUACUUACAACACAUUGCAAGAGGACUCUUAAAUAUUCAUAAUGCUAAAAAAGUUCACAGAGAUUUUCAUUCAGGCAAUAUAUUAGUUAAUAAUUCUUAUUAUUCAUUUAUAAGUGAUUUAGGUAUGUGUCAACCAGCAAGUAUAAAGCAAUCAGUUAAAGAAGAAGGAAUCCAUGGAGUAUUACCAUAUAUGGCACCAGAAGUUUUACGUGGAUACCAAUAUACAAAAGCAGCAGAUAUUUACUCAUUUGGAAUAAUAAUGAACGAAUUUCUUUCUGAAGAAAUUCCUUUUAAUGAUAUUCCUCAUGAUGAAUUUUUAGCUAUUAAAAUAUGUAAAGGACUUAGACCAACAAUUUCUAAAGACGUACCAAAGUUACUUAAAGAUUUGAUAAUAAAAUGUUGGGAUGCUGAAAUAAAAAAUAGACCAACCACUAAAGAGGUAUAUCAAAUACUAAAUGAAUGGAAUGAUGGUGCCAAUAGUCAAAAUAGUGAAAUUUAUUUUCAAAUAAAAGAAUGUGAUAAAAUUGGAGAAGAAAAAUUCAAAAACAGAUUAAAUGAACAUAAAUGCAAAAAAAGCUUCCAAACACAUCCACAAGCAUUUUAUACUAGUAGACUUUUAAAUUUUAAAAAUCUUCCAAAACCAGUAAAUUUUUCAGAUUUAUCAUCUUUUCAAAUCAGUUCAGCAAAUCCAAUUUCAGAAUGCCUAGAUGUUCAAUUAAGUGAAUUGGAACUAAAUGAAAUUUGUCAAGAUAGUGAACAUAAUAUUGAAUGAAGUUUUCUUUAUAUCAAAGUGUGUGUUGAAGUUAGUUUUACUUUUAUUUAUCUUUCAUUAUGAUUUAUAAAUUAUUAUCUUUAGUUUUUUUAUUUACGUAAUAUAUUAUAGUACAUAUAUAGUGGAUUUAUUGGAUUUUAUAUUUAUGAAUAUUCUAUAU